AUGGUCACGGACACAUACACAGCUGAGUUACCCGACAAUUUCAUCCACCAAGUCCUCUCUCUCCUUUCCACCAAACACGCCGUCCGGGCCGGCAUUCUUUCGAAGGAAUGGGGGCACUUAUGGUCUUCGGUUCCUGUGUUAGAUUUCGACGAGGAUGAGGAUGUGCAGCCAUCUGCUGAUAACUGUAAGCUUAAACGAAAAAUGUUCAUCAACUUCAUGAGAAGGUGUUUGAAGCGCCGUGGAAAAGAUGAGUCUAACAUUGAGAAGUUUAGGCUUCACAUGAGGUACUUUGGAGGUGCUACUAUUGUAAACAAGUGGUUGAGUUUAGCGGUUGAGAGGAAUGUUAAAGAGCUACAAAUCUCCUUUAUAAGAGAAAGAGAAUCCGGGGUGAGAUCUUACAGACCCUUCUACUUACCACAAGCAAUUCUCAACAAUGCAAAAUCCUUAACCACCCUAAAGUUGCAGAGUGUGACUGUGAAGGACAGCAUUGACCCUAUAAACCUUCCUUCCUUGAAAACUAUGUCCCUAAAACUAGUGCAAUUCAGGAGUACCUUGUCAUUCUUGCACUUAAUUUCCGGAUGCCCUUCUCUUGAGCAUUUCUUGUUAACUUCGUGCACUGGCCUCUCGGAUCUUAAGAUUUUGAGUUUGAGCCUCAAAUCCUUGGAAGUUGUUGAUUGCGACGUGCGGGGUAUUCAAGUUGAAGCUGAGAAUCUCGAAUCUUUUAAGUUUCAUGGAAACGUUUUUAGCCGGUAUAUGUGGCACAUCUUUAACAUUUUCUCAUGUCAAAGAGUUAGAAGCAUUGAGUUCUCUGACAUAUUCUUGACAAGCGAAUGGUGUGAAGGCUUCAAUUCGAGUUUUCCCCUGCUCGAGAGUUUUAUUUUGCAUAAAUGCCACUGGAAUUCCUGGGAACACAUAAAAUUCUUUAGCCAGAACCUGAAACGUUUUGAAUUUUCUGAUUCAGAACCCGUCAAGCCUUUCUUUUCUAUGAACUUUCCAAAUUUAUUGGAGGCUAGAAUCGACCUCUCGCAUAGACCUGGGGGGUCUGCUGGUCUCUUUCCAUGA